UGGACUUGGCUUCUUUAAAAUUAAACCGAAGAUAAUAACAAAUAACAACUCAUUUAUUCGUUGUGUUUUGUUUGGUGACUUAGUCGUUGUCGUCGUCUUUUCUUCUUCAAUAGAAUCAGAAUGUCUUACGCUUACCUCUUCAAGUACAUAAUCAUCGGUGAUACUGGAGUGGGGAAAUCAUGCCUCCUCCUUCAGUUCACCGACAAACGGUUUCAGCCGGUACAUGAUCUUACCAUCGGGGUUGAAUUCGGGGCCAGGAUGAUCACCAUCGAUAACAAACCCAUUAAGCUGCAAAUCUGGGACACCGCAGGUCAAGAAUCCUUCAGAUCCAUCACAAGAUCCUACUACAGAGGUGCUGCUGGUGCCCUGCUUGUCUACGAUAUCACCAGGAGGGAAACUUUUAAUCACUUGGCUAGCUGGUUGGAGGAUGCCAGACAGCACGCUAAUGCUAACAUGACUAUUAUGCUGAUUGGUAAUAAGUGUGACCUUGCUCAUAGAAGGGCUGUAACCACCGAGGAAGGCCAGCAAUUCGCCAAGGACCAUGGUUUGAUCUUCAUGGAGGCCUCUGCUAAAACUGCUCAGAAUGUUGAAGAGGCAUUUAUAAAAACUGCUUCAACCAUAUACACCAAGAUUCAAGAUGGGGUUUUUGAUGUCUCAAAUGAGUCUUAUGGCAUAAAAGUUGGAUACGGUGGAAUUCCAGGGCCAUCUGGAGGCCGAGAUGGUUCUUCUUCUCAAGGCGGUGGCUGCUGCAAUUGAAAUUCGAUUUCUCGUUUUCUAAAAUGAAAUAUAGCUUGUUCAUGUAACUUCCUUUGUUUCUUCUUUUUAGUUCCUUGUUUAAUUUGAUAAUCCCAGAAUACUGUGCUUGAGUGUGUGAUUUGUAUGAUCCAUUUAGAUGUGUUCUCCAUUUGGUUGUAAAUUUGAUAGCUAUUAUUGUUUCAUUUGUCGAGAACUAUGGUGAAGAGAAAUGGCGAAAAUAUGGGGAAUUGAUCUAUAA